AUGGUGGAUGCAACCUUCUUGAAAUCAAAAUACCACGGUGUGAUCAUGAUAGCAGUAGCAAAAGAUGGAAACAACAACAUAUUUCCUCUCGCUUUUGGUAUUGCAGAUUCUGAGAAUAAUGAAUCCUACAAGUGGUUCUUCAGACACGUGAAAAAGGUGUUUGACACGCGCAAAGACCUAUCAAUUCUUUCCGAUCGCCACGCAUCAAUUGCAACUGUAAUCAAAGAACUGUAUCCAGAUACCCAGCAUGGAAUAUGUAUCUACCACAUGGAGAAGAACUUGCAGAAAUAUUUUCCAUCCGAAGCGAUCCUAUCACUGUUCUACAAUGCAGUAACUACCUACAAACAGGAAGAGUUUCGUACCUAUAUGUCACAGAUACAACAAAUCGACCCAAAAGCUGCAGAAUACAUAGAAGAAGAACCACCGGAAAGAUGGGCACGUUCAUUCCACACCAACAGGCGUUACAACAUGCUCAUAACAAACAAUGUCGAGACAAUGAAUUCUGUAUUGAGGAAAGCAAGGAAGUUGCCAAUAAUGGUAGAAAACAUAACUCCCGUCAAAUUUGUUGUGAAAGAUGAAGGAUAUCAAUACAAUGUAGACCUGAAGAAUAUGACUUGUGAGUGCUUGGAGUUCCAAACUGAGGAGUUACCGUGCAUACAUGCCAUGGCAGUUAUAGACAAAAGAAUUUUGACAAAAUCUACAUACUGUGCGGACUGGUUCAUGAAACAAGCCUGCCAAGAGACAUACAAAGGUAUAACAGUUUUUGCCGGGAAAACAAAAUUGGUAUCUCAAAGACUACAUCCUGGUCUUCCGCUUACAAAAUAA